UAACUUGUUAGCUGUUUACAUUAGCGUUCUCGACCCGAGCGGCCGUAAGAAAGGAUAUUACUUCCAACUAUUACCAUAAAAAUAAACCAGCUGGACGAUCGGGUGUCCCCAGCUAUCACUACUACACUUAGCCAGUCGGUACAGGGAACGUACAAUGUACACGACUGUCGUUAGAUAGAAUUAAGUAGAGUAUUGCAGACGCAGUUUUGGAUAGACCGGACGAAAAGGUUAAGUGAAUGCUCUAUUCCAGGGAGAUAUCGUACAACUAUAACACCCGAUACAUGCCCGGUUAAAAAGUAGUGCCUCUUCUAAAUGCCGAGGCUUUGAUUGAAGCUACGGAGACCAUCAGAAAGUAAAUAGCCGCUUAAAAAUGGCGUUGGGAAGGAAAUCUUCACGAUUGUGUGAAAACAUAUUUGCGGGAAUUGUAAUUUUCGCUUGCGGAUUGUCCAUAAUAAUAUCCAUGAAAUUCCAAGCAUUUUCAGGGAUUGGUAGACUAACGCAAAGGAAGACUUCACGAGAACUGCAAAAAAACCGGAACACUUUCUUAACAGCUUUCAAGGACGAUGGAAAACAUGACAUUAGUGGUAAUGAGCACCAGUAUGUAUCUAACGACCAUGGGGAUGAUACGUCACAAAGUGGGACCGAUAUAAAGAGCUGGUUCCACAGAAAACCGGUACAUAAAUACAUGCCUUCAAAAUUCCAUCCGAUCUUACUGCGACCAGAACUGAUGUCGAAUUCUGCGUGUAAGGAUAAUACCGUGGAUAUUUUAAUUUACUCGUUGAGUUAUUGGAGCAAUUUUAACCAACGCGCCGCUAUAAGAGAGUCAUGGGCAGCAACAGAUACGUUUACCGAUAUAAAAAUAAAAACAGUAUUCUUCCUUGGGCGUCCAUCUUCUACUACUGACCUAACAAAAAUCGAAUCUGAAAAUCAGAAGUAUAGUGAUAUCGUUUUAGGAGAUUUCCUGGAUGGACACGCUAAUAUUUCUAUGAAGAGCCUACUCGCCCUGCAGUGGAUCAAUAGUAAUUGUCUGCAUGCUAAAUACAUCCUUAAGGCUGACGAUGAUAUGUUUGUUAAUAUUUUCUACGUUAUAGAAUUCGGGGUGUCUGAAAUAUUCACGUUAAACAAGGUCAUCAUGUGUCAGGUGCGUCCAAACAACACUAAUGAAAUUAUAAGAAACAGGAACAGCAAAUGGUAUGUUCCUGAUCACAUACUGCCUGGACGAUUGACUUUCCCGACCAUGUGUUUUGCAAAUAUGAUACUAUUUACUGCAGACCUGGUACCAGAUAUGUACAGAGCCUCGUUUUCAGUUCCCUACUGUACAGUUGACGACGCGUACAUAUUUGGUAUGCUUAUUGAGCCCGUGAAAAAUGCCGACUUCCGGUCCAUUGGUGAAACAAUCUCCAUGAACCAGAACGAAGCUUACCAGGAUUUAAUGCACCAAAGUCAUCCUAGGUAUAUCGCUAGUACUGUUAAACAAAUAGAGUAUUUUAGGAAAUUUUGGAAUGCCGCCUUGACACGAGUACCUACAUGGGCAAAGGGUCGUUUGAGUAGUAAUAUCAAAACGUAAUGCUGAAGGGAGAGCUUUCUCUACAGUUCUGCCUCUGGAAUAGUUAACACCAUGGAAUAAAGAUAGCGCGCAUGAUAACAUUGGUCGGAAUGAGGGCGAGAACACUUUUACGGCAGCGCCAGGAUGUAAAAGUAUAUAACCCAGCACCAGGAUGUGAAAGUAUCUAACACAGCACCAGGAUGUGAACAUAUCUAACACAGCACGAGGAUGAGCACGCAUGUAGUGAAUUACGAGGGCGAGACAGAAAUAAAGGGAGAAAAUGUUAAAACAAAUAGCUAAGCUUGUGUUCCGAUCUCUUCACAAUUAUACGUGUGUUUCAACUUCAUUGAACUAUUGAAUACUGCAUGUAUUUUAUAUUAAAGAAUUAACGCAUUCAAAGCAGUAUAAAUGUUGAUAAGGUUAAGGAUGCUUGAUCGGGUUUUUUACAAACGAACUUAAUGUAAGAACAAAGGAUAAACAAUAAGAAGACAAUAUACUUACUUCUACCAUGGACUACCGUUCUUCUACUAGUGAGAAACGUCCACCUUCCUUACUCGUACGUGAGCUGGGGCUGUACUUCCGGCAGUAACACGUAGUUACCUCCCUUUCUAAGGCAGCGCAACACGAAUGAAUUGAAAAGUCAUGCAAGAGUUAAAGAAUGAAUGAGUGAGUGAGUGAAAUUAUAUUAAAGUUUGUUGAAAUUGACGUUUUAUGUUUUACAUUCAAAUUCUUACAGCGGUAUAUUCUGUCAGGAUACUUAUGUUUUUUCAUCCGAUCCAAGCCAUGCAUCUAGCGCUAUAUUGGACUUUUGAUAACGAGGAGCUGGAGUGAUGGUGAGCGAGGGGAGGAUAACAUGAUAGCGAGGAACUUGGGUGAUGGUGAGCGAGAGGAAGAUAACAUGAUAGCGAGGAGCUGGAGUGAUGGUGAGCGAGGGGAGGAUAACCUGAUAGCGAGGAGCUGGAGUGAUGGUGAGCGAGGGGAGGAUAAUAUGAUA